CUCCCCUUUUCUGCGUGGAUGUCGAUGGGGAGACAUACAACACAGCAGAGACGAAAACCACCGGUCACACUUGGAACUAUUCAUGCCUACAUGAACCAAGUGACUACCCGCAGCGGAUAACUUUUCUACAUGUCCGUCGAUGAUCAAACAACAACUGCAGCUCGACAUUCCGAACUUGUGCGCUGAGAAAAACGCUGUCUUCUCUAAAACAAUGGCUGAACACCUGGAGGACCAUCUUCAAUGUCCCAUCUGUCUGGACGUCUUCAAAGAUCCUGUCAUGCUGCCGUGCAGUCACAACUUCUGCCGUUCUUGUCUGCAGCAGUGGAAGGACAAAGGAGAACGAUCGUGUUCAUUCUGUAGAGCAGAGUUUAUUAGUUCAAUGGAUCCGCCUUCGAACUUGGCACUGAAGAAUCUAUGUGAGAACCUUUCACGAGCAUCAGUCAAGUCAGAAGACAUGUGCAGCUUGCACAAAGAGGAACUCAAACUCUUCUGUUUGGACCACCAGGAGCUUGUGUGCAUCGUCUGCAGGAACGCUGGAAUCCAUGAUGGCCACAAUUUUAGGCCCCUUGAAGAAGUCCAUGAGAAACUCCAGAAAAGCCUGCAAAAUGCCGAGGAAAGACUCCAAGAUUACGAAGACUGUCGAAAGAAUUGCAAUGAACAUGCAGAGUACAUCAACGUCCAGAGGGAGAAGGUCGAACUCAAGAUUGAGAAGGAUUUUGAGGAGCUCCGUCACUUUCUCGACGUCGAGAAGGAGGCAAGGUUGGCUGCAGUCAGGGAGGAAGGGAAGACGAAGGGUCAAAUGAUGAAAAAGAAGAUGGCGGCUCUCGACCGACAAAUAGCCGCUCUCUCGGAUGCCAUCAGAAGUACUGAUUCUGGCAAUGUUUCUUUCAUGAAGAAGUUCAAGACUGGGAUGAGCAGAAUCCAAGAGCUCCCUGAAAAGCCGCAGCUGCUGCCAGGAGGUCUGCUGGACGAAGCUAAACAUGUGGGCAACCUGAAAUUCAAGGUGUGGGAGCGGAUGAAGGAGACUCUCUCCUACAGUCCUGUCAUUCUGGACCCCAACACGGCCGUUUCAGGACUCCGUCUGUCCGAAGAUCUAAGCAGUCUGAGUUGGGAUGACAUACAGCAGCAGCGUCCAAAUAAUCCAGAAAGGUUCUUCUCGCAUUCUGUGAUGGGUUGUGCUUUGGACUCGGGAAGACACGUGUGGGACAUUGAAGUGGGAGACAACAAUAAUUGGCAUGUGGGGGUCGCGCUGGGGGACGCUUCUUUGCGAGACACAAUGGUUGGUUGGUACAUUACAUUUAUCAAAGGGAAAUACACAAAGUCCUCCUACUAUGAGGUACAGUGGAAUCCUCCGGUCAAAGUGAAGAGGAUCCAAGUUGAAGUGGACAUGAAUGAAAGGUCAUUGUCCUUCUCUGAACCUCUUACAAACACCAGAUUGUGGACUUUGAUUUCUUUCGAUUGGCCAGACUUGUCCAGUAACACCAGAAUGUAUCCUUACUUUAUGACAAAACAUAAAAGUCCUCUAAAGAUAAUCCCCAUUCCACCUUGUGUUACCACUGCCAUCAAUUAGCGGUCAUGUUGACACGGUUUGAUUUUCGGCUUUUUAAUGCCAUUUAAAUCAUUCCCUUUCUUCUUCCACAUGAUUUGACUCUUUUAUUGGCCGGAUCAUGUGGUGAGACUUUAUUGGAGCAAGUCAAGUCAAAGUAAUUAAGCAGUUACUCAGUAUUCUUUUCUGCAAAUACUUUUUGACUUGUGUGAAUAAUACUUUUAGUUUAACACUUUAACACCGAACGUGUCGGCAGCGACGCGUUUACGCAUGUCGUCUUUGAAGCUUCGUCACGCUGUAAUUACGUCACCCACGUGCCGCUGGUUGGUCUCAUUUGAAAGUACGGAAGUUGAUGUCCACACCAGUUUUUAUUUGAAGUCAAUCGACCAAAAAAAACAGGAGAUAAUGUCAUUUGAGUUUUAUAGUUUUAUUGCACUCAUAAAUAUGCAUUAAAACGCUGCAUGGACCAAGUAUCUAUCUCCAUAUUUCCAUCAUUUCUUGUCCUUUUUCAAAACCGAAAGCAGCACAAAAGACUACAUAUCCCAAGAGCCGUUGUGAUGUCAAGAAGGACGAACCGAAUGUGGACAUUUUUAAUAAAUUUCCGAGCGAGUCGCCAACUAAGGAAAAGGAGACAUGCGAAUCAAGCAACAGCCGGUUUGAGCGAGCGACUUUGAAACGUGCAGAAUGAAUCUAAAACUAAAUUUAGCGCAAGCUAAUGCAUUAUUUCAUUAACUCAAGGAAGAAGAUGAGCCGUAUUUGUCGUUGUUUUUCUGGGAUGAGUCGGUGUCUCGGCGAGUAGAAGUGACAGGCUGACAGCAGCGCGCAAACGGCGAGAGUAGAUUGUGUGACGUGUGUGACGCAGCUCCAUGGCCUGUUCAUGCAGGAGCUUUAUUGAGUUUGCAAAAAAAAAACUUUAUUGGGUCGUUUGCGAGAAAGAAUUGAAUUGAACUGAACUACUUGUCAAUAUUUUUGAAAAUGCUUUUUUUCAAUGUUAUAUAUAUUUUCUUCACUAAAAUCUUUUCAAUUUUUAUAAAGAUAAGUGUUCGAGAAGCUUGAUUGCAUGUACGUAUAUACUUUAGAUAAGGUGAUGGGUAUAAUACCUAACUUCACAAAGAGAUAUCCUCCGAACCCUUUUUGUGUUAGAUGAUAUAUAUUUUUUUUCUCUCACUAUUUUGCACUGUAUAUAACCCGUUUUGACCAUAGUAUGUGUAAAGGCCAAAAACGCCUAUGACCAUACUCGCUGUUUGUGUUGAAUUGUUAAACAUAAAACUAUUCAAUCUUAUUUUUUUCUAUUGAAUGUUUAUCCUAACAAGUAGAAUAAAUAUCAAGCUUCAAAA